AUGCUGCCUGCACUGGGCGGCACACAGAGGUACUUCAGGGUCCUCCUCCUCAUCCUCCUGGCCCUGACCGUGCUCUUGCUGCACAGGAACUUGCUGCACAAGGCCGGCUUCCUGCAGAAGAAUGCCAUACAGCUCACACCCCUGCUUGAGGACCAGGCGGAGGGGCCUCCGGUCACCAACAUCAUGUUCCUCAAAACACACAAGACGGCCAGCAGCACGGUGCUCAACAUCUUGUACCGCUUUGCGGAGACGCACAACCUGUCGGUGGCGCUGCCCGCUGGCCCGCGCUUCCACCUGGGCUACCCUGGGCUCUUCCAGGCGUACUACGUGGAGGGCGUCAAGCAGGGAGGGCCCAGCGCCCAGCGGAGGUUCAACGUCAUGUGCAACCACCUGAGGUUCAACCUGCCCGAGGUGCAGAAGGUCAUGCCCCGAGACACUUUCUACUUCUCCAUCCUCCGCGACCCCGCCUUCCAGCUGGAGUCCUCCUUCGCCUACUACAAGCACCACGCGCCCGCCUUCCGCGGCGCCAGCAGCCUGGACGCCUUCCUGGCGUCGCCCUGGAGCUACUACGCCAACGCCAGCCGCAGCGCCGGCGACGUGUACGCGCGCAACGGCAUGUGGUUCGACCUGGGCUUCGACCCCGACGCGCCGGCCGACGACGCCUACGUGCGCGCGCGCCUGGCCGACGUGCAGCGGCGCUUCCAGCUGGUGCUCAUCGCCGAGCACCUGGACGAGUCGCUGGUGCUGCUGCGCCGCCGGCUGGGCUGGCGGCUGGACGACGUGGUCGCCUUCCCGCUGAACGCGCGCGGCGCCCGCCCGGGGCCCGGCCUGGCGCCCGCGGCGCAGGAGCGCGCGCGGCGCUGGAGCGCCCUGGACUGGCGCCUGUACCUCCACUUCAACCGCACGCUGUGGGCGCGGCUGCGCGCCGAGCUGGGCCCGCGCCGCCUGCAGGCCGAGGUGGAGCUCCUGCGCGCGCGGCGCCGCCAGCUGGCCGGCCUGUGCCUGCAGGACGGCGCGCCCACCCACAGCGCGCACGUGCGCGAGCCGCGCCUGCUGCCCUUCCAGUCGGGCCAGGACGACAUCCUGGGCUACAACCUGCGGCCCGGCCUGGACCCCGAGGCGCUGCGCCUGUGCCGGCGCAUGGUGACGCCCGAGCUGCAGUACAUGGCCCGCCUGUACGCGCGCCAGUUCCCCGAGAAGCCCCGGAAGAGCAUCCCCUUCCUGGAGGAGUAG